CCUUCUCGCGCACUUGGGCGCGCUGACUGCGAGCUGCUGGAGCCAAAGCUGAGGGAGACGGACGAGCCGCCAUCUUCCGUACGUUUCUCCCUCCAACGAUGAGAAAACUACGCCGAGCCCGGCGGCCUGUGUCACCUCAGUCGCAAUAAUAGCCCCGCACAGUGACGGGACUCGCGGCUGAGACCUGAAAAAGGUGGAUGUUGGUGGGAAAGUGUGGUGUUUUUGUUGUCCUUAAUCUACCGAGCAGUGACGGCAGCGCGGUGUGAGUCGGCUCUCGCCCAUUUUCGCGAUUACGGACCGAAACCGAGGGGACUCCCGGCUGAGAGCGGCGUCUGCCCGCGGCGGAGGCGAUGGGAAGGCCCGAGGAGCUCCUUCGUCCCGUUCUGUAGCCGUUUUUUGCUUUUAAAAGCGAACAUAUUUGACCGAAUCGUGUGAGGAGCCGUUGCUGAAAUUCCCCCGGACAGCGCGCGGCCGUCACGUGGCUUUGUAGGUGGGCUGGUGUUCCGGAGCGGAGGAGCAGGCUGCCGUUGCCCUUCCCCCGGCCCUGCAUGGCUGCGAUGGCGCCCGCUCUAACCGACGCCCCAGCCGAAGCCCGCCAAAUCCGCCUCAAGCUGGCCGCCGCCUCCUCCGGCCUCUCCCCCGGCAGCGCAGAGACCAACGGCAACACCACUAAUCUCCUCCUGUCUUCUUCCGUGUCCUCAUCCACCACCGCUGCUAACGGCAAGCGCCGUCUCCCCCCGGACUCCGAAGACGGCUGUAGGAGCUGCUGCUGCAACGGCAAGGGCCAGCCACAGGAGCCCCUGAGCCUGGGCAAGCUGCAACCGCUGGUGGCCUCCUACCUGUGCUCGGAUGUGGCACACGUGGCGAAGGAAUCUUUGAAGGUGCAGGGUGUCCUGAAGAGCCACGGCCUGCUGAACGGCUCUCUGUUCAACGGCAGCGAGGGUGGGGAUUUCAUGCUGCGUAAGGCGCUGAGCGGAGGAGGACAGGUGAAGUGCUUUGUCAACGGAGGAGGAGCUGUAGGAGCAGGAGGAAGCGCCAUGGUUCCUGUUAACGGCCUGGCCAAGAAAGUGGCCGUGCCCAGCACAGCGUUGCCGGAGAAAGGCUGUGUUGCCACAGUGAACGGCGAUAACGCCAAACCUUUGGCCAGCGGGGAAGCUUUGUUACCCCUGUCCUCGAAGUCUGGAGACGUCGUGCCCUUGAUUUCUGCACCGAGAGGAGACGCCAAACACCAUAGAGAGUCAGCUGAAGUUUUCAGUCGAGCACAAGAGGAAACGGGUUUCUCGCCUGCGAGCGCGGACGUUAAAUCGGAAACAGAUUGUGCGCCCUCUAGUGGCUGGUUCCAUUCUUCCAAAGCUGUGGCGUUAACUGAAACGAACAGUGCUGACAGUGUUGACCCCCAGACUUUCCCAGACCCUCACUGUCCUUCCCCCACCUCCUCCCUCAACCUGGAGGCUCUCCUGCAGGAGCGGGCCCAGCAGAGCCGGCGCCGGCACACGGACAUCUCGGGGCGUCUGCAGCGCCUCUGCAAGAGGCUGCAAGUGGUGCAGGCAAAGCAGGUGGAGCGCCAUGUCCGACAGCAGCUAUCAGGCUUCCUGGACCGAGCCUUGACCCAGAGCUCCGCCUUCAGCCACAGGGACAGCCUGCACACGGACUCUCUGGGCAACUUCCUGAAAGGAGGCUUCGUCCCCUCUGAGCUAGAGAAGCUGCACCUGAGCGGCAGCACGAACCUGCGAACGGCAGAGGCGCAGUUCGACUCAGACGCCACGGAGAGCAGCUCGGGGGGCGAGAGCGACGUGGAGGAAGAGGAGCUUUCCAGGGUGGACAUCGAGCAGAGGCAUGUCAAACUCUGGAGAAGAGCUGAGGGACGCUUCGCUCUGGAGAGAGCUUCAAUCAUAAGCCGCUGGACGUGGCUGCAGGCGCAGAUAUCAGACUUGGAGUACCGCAUCCGCCAGCAGGCCGACAUCUACCGGCAGAUCCGCAACAGCAAGGGCUGCGUGGAGCUGGGAGACCCCAUCACCUCAGGCCAGACCAGGGCAGAAAAGGUGGAGCCUCUGACCUCCAGGAAUGCUGCAGAGAGCCUCAGCCAAUUCAGCAGGUCUGGAAACGCUUUCUUCCACAGUAGCAUGGCUGAUGUGACAGAUGCCAAGUCCUCUUUGGGUCCUGACAGUGGCUACACGGCUGCUCGUGUUCGGCCCCUAAUCAGCUGUAAACGACGACGCCUCGUCCAGCCCAGCACAGUCCAGAACCUCAACAGCAAGAGAGUCACCUGUUCUCCGACAAGACAGUGUGAAGUCAGCGCCUCAUGUGUGAUGUGUGGAGGCGACCGCCUCCUGCCCAAAGCAGAACUACCAUAUGAGCGCCCUCUGGUGGAGAGAGCGGCCUUCUACGACCCCAGUCUCCACCACACUCUUUCCCUGCAGUCAGAUAUGUCUCUCAGCGUGCAGCUCCAGAGUGUGUUGAAGUCUCACUGGCAGAGCCGACGCAUCGAGAAGCUGAAGCCUCUGAAAAAACUCUCACUCAAACACAAGCUCUCCCUCUUUUCCUCCUCUACGUCACCCGCACUGUCCAAACACAAGUUCAGGCUCUCCAGCUCACACAUGGCUGCAGUUAGGUUGUCCCGUCAUAAAAACAGGUCUGAUAAGUCACGGAGGCAGCAACCUGAGAACAGCAUGCGUGUGGCUAAGCUUGACACACACGCCACACACACCAUACACACACCCUGCAGGACGGAGCGCCUGCUGGACCGGAGCCUCAACCGCAAGAGGACCAGAGAGCCUUCGCUGGACAGAACUGAGUCCCCGAAGCUGCCAGUUGACACCGGAAGUCCGUCUCCAUCUCAGUCCAGCGUGCAGCCGUCCACCCCCACCUCCUUGAGCAGACAGUUGUCCCUCCCCACUGACAGCUCCACUCCGCUGGCCACCAGCAGCCAGGCUGGCUCCUGCUCUGUGCCAAUUAGAAAAAGGAGAAGCGAAAACUCGUUUGACAUCAACAACAUAGUCAUCCCUAUGUCUGUGGCAGCAACUACCAGAGUGGAGAAGCUUCAGUACAAGGAGAUUAUCACACCAAGCUGGAGGGAGGUGGACGUCCUCUUCAGACCUCUCGACGAUGAAGACGAGGACGUAGAGGUGGAGGACAUGUCGGAUGCUGCUUUCGCGCAGCUCCAUCAGAAGUGCGAGGAUCAGGAGCGCUCUCGCUGGAGAUGGACGGCCCUCGCUCCAGCCACGAGGAGAGGCAGCAGGUCUUAUAAGUCUUUGGACGGCCGAACGACACCAUCCCUGAGCGGGACGAAUCCCUCAACCCCACAGCCAUCGUCCCCGGACACUGGACACUUCCACCUGCUGCAGGACUAUGGGCCCGUCCCAUCUCCCCUGAGCCCACCCAGCCCUGAUACGCCCUGCUCCCGCGACGCACAUACACCUCACUCGAGAGACACAAACCGGCUCUACAGCGAGGACACUCGCUGCUCAACACCAGACUUCACCUACGAGGAGAGGAUGGUCCAGCCGUGGGAGCACAGGAGUUUCCCGCUCUCGGAGGAUCCAGCAGUGGAGCCAAAUCCCGACAACGAGAAACUCCCACCGGGCUUCCGGAACAGACACUGCAGAGCCGCCUCAGAAAGCGAAGAAUCCUCACCGUAACCAAGGCGUCCAGCACAGAGAGCCCCGCCCACGUACCGGGGACCAUUAAAACUACACCCCUUUCUGGCAUUAACCGAAAUGAAAAACAGAAAAAAAACACGAACUCAUACUAAAUCAAACCAAGAAAUAUUAAAGGACUUCUGUUGUUUGAUAUUCAAACAUCAGCCAAAUAUUUUCACAGUUUUUAGUGAAUAUUAAGGAAAUCUAAACCUGUCUGAGGCCGUCUGUUCUCACAGGAACAAAACAAGUUAAAUGUAUGAAAAACAAAAAAAAAAAAGCAUCCAUAAAUAAUCUUAUAGUCAGCUAAACUAUGUUCUCGGUGUGGUAUUCUAACCUGUCAGGUGAACACUUCUUAGCGCACUAUGUAGCAGACUUCCAGGAGGCGGUUCUAGGCCGGAAGGGUGGGUUUCCCUGCUGACUAGUUUGUGUAUGCUUGUUCUGUGGAGUGACGACCAAAACCAGACGGUUUUUCCCUCAUUAAUCUCAACUAAUAAACGCAUCGUUUAUCUUCCUUACUGGAGGAAACGUCUUCAACUAGAAGCACUUCAUAAAAUGUCGGUGUCUGUCUGCAUCUCCAUCUGCACAGCAUCUCCAUCCCUUCUGCACUCGUUCAGUGGUCCUGUUUCUCUUUCUCACAUCACAUACUGAUAAACCAGCCCCCCCCAAGCUCAAAUACGUCCGUCAGACUGCAGUUAGAAACACUCCUCCUCUCUGAAGGAGGUCUUUAAUACCACAUCAUGUAGAGCUUUUACAGCUGGGUUCCCAACUGAGUUUCCAUGAGUUUCCACAUCUUCGUCCUUUUUUACUUUCUCUCAAUCAUUUUAUAACUCAGUGAUCCGUUCCUUCAUGCAGAACAUCUCCCUCCCCUUGAUAUCCCUUUUACUCUCAGGUUCUACAGUUCUACAGGCGCCUCUCAGACGGAGCUUCUGUUCUUGUUCACCGUCUCCAUUAAACGCAGCGGGUUUCCUUUCUGUCCACUCUGUCCUCUGGAGUAACUACUGGCUAUGCAACUCAUCGUUAUGGUUGUAUCAUCUCAUCUCCCUGUUGUGUCUGUUAUUCAAUCACAGUGCUUUUUUUCUCCAUGGUCUUUUUUUCCUGUAGUUACUCGACAGGUUUCAUUGUACGUUUUAAUUGUUUCAGAAGUUGAAUCAUUUGCAGGAAAAAAGGCUUGUAAAUAGUACCAUUAAAACAAGUCAAACCCCUCAAA